GGGGCGCCGGGCCCGGCCGUGGCGGCGGGGCGCGAGGCGGGGGCGCGCGGCGGGGCCGGUCCCGCGCCCGCCCGCCCGGGCGCGCCAUGAAGAGCCUCAAGUCCCGCCUGAAGAAGCACGAAGCCAUCAUCGGCGGCAGCGCGCUGAACACAGACUGGAACAAAUAUGAUGACAGGUUGAUGAAAGCAGCUGAGCGGGGCGAUGUGGAGAAGGUUUCAGCAAUCCUUGCCAAAAAAGGGGUCAGUCCUACCAAACUAGAUGUGGAAGGGAGAUCUGCUUUCCAUGUUGUAGCAUCAAAGGGAAGCCUGGACUGCUUGAACACCAUCCUCAUUCAUGGAGCUGAUAUCACAGCCACUGAUGCUGCAGGCAGAAACGCGCUGCACCUGGCUGCAAAGUACGGGCAUGCUUUGUGUUUGCAGAAGCUGUUGCAGUUCAAUUGUCCAACAGAGAAUGUGGAUCUUCAAGGGAGAACUGCUCUUCAUGAUGCAGCCAUGUCAGACUGUUCCUCUAGCAUUCAGCUGCUGUGCGAUCACGGGGCCUCAGUGAAUUCCAAGGAUGGGGAUGGGAGGACACCCCUGGUGCUGGCCACUCAGAUGUGUCGUCCUGCAGUCUGUCAGCUUCUGAUAGACAGAGGAGCAGAUGUGAAUGCCAGGGACAAACAAAACAGGACUGCCCUCAUGCUGGGCUGUGAGUAUGGCUGCAGGGAUGCCGUGGAGGUGUUGCUCAGAAAUGGUGCAGAUGUUAGCUUGACUGAUGGCCUUGGUCAUGACUGUGCCUACUAUGCCAGAAUCGGUGACAAUAUUGACAUUUUGGCUUUAAUAAAAGCUGCCCUUGAGGAUUCCAGCAAAGCAAGAGAUACCCUGAAAAAAGGGCAGCUUGAACAAAAGGUCCCUCAUCUGUCCCAGAGGCGGCACCGGCUGCGGGCGCAGGAGGGGAGCGUGGGGCUGUGCCAGGGGGACCAGGCUGCUCAGGACUUGGAGUUGGAAAAUCAAGAUUUGAGAGACAGGAUGAGAGAAGUGCAAGAGGAGCAGAGGAUGCUGCUGGAUAGAAUCAGUGGGCUCCAGCUGCAGCUGAAUGAGGAGCAAAUGUUUGCAGAUGAUCUUGAAAAUGAGAAAGAUGAGCUGAAGAAAAUCCUAACCACCAAGGAAAAACAGCAGGAAGAAAGCUUAAGGACUAUUGAAGCUCUCAAAGCUAAACUCAAAUACUAUGAAGCUGACUUUGCGGGAUCUGGAAGUAACUUUGGUAACAGAAAAGAAGAUGUAUUACUUAAACAAGGCCAAGCGUUUGCCGUGGAAUCACAGUCCAGGUCUAUGCUGAGACCCCUGGAGCUCUCCCUGCCUAACCAAUCAUCCAGUUCAGAGAGGGAAACUUUAAAGAGAGAACUUGACAGCAUGAGGGCCUGCUAUGGUGCAGCAAAAGAAGAAAUUAGCAAACUGCAGAGGGAACUGUCUCAUAAGGCCUCUGAAUGCAAAGCUUUGGCAGCAGAGUGUGACAGAACCAAGGCAGAAUCUGAUGGGCAGAUAAAACAACUGGAAGAUGCUUUGAAAGAUGUACAGAAAAGAAUGUUUGACUCUGAAGGCAAAGUCAAGCAAAUGCAGACCCACUUUCUUGCUCUGAAAGAUCACCUGGCUAAUGAAGCUGCUUCAGGAAACAGUAAGCUGACAGAGGAGCUGAGGGAUCAGCUGAAGGAGAUGAAAACAAAGUAUGAAGGAGCCUCUGCUGAAGUGGGAAAGCUAAGGAACCAGAUUAAGCAGAAUGAAUUGCUGGUGGCAGAGUUUAAGCGAGAUGAAGGAAGGCUGGUGGAGGAAAACAAAAGGUUGCAGAAGGAACUUGCAAAGUUGGAGAUGGAACGAGAUAAAAGGGGGAGAAACGUCAUGGAGUUAGAAGGGCAGCUGGAAGAAACAGCAGCAAAGUUGGCCCACUCUGUGCCUUCAGAGCAGUUUGAAAACAUGAAGAGUUUGUUAUCAAACCAAGUGAGUGAGAAAGCAAGGAAGUUAGCAGAGAUGGAAAGAGAGCAUGAGAAACUGCAGGCAGAGAUCCUGCUUUUAAAGAGGGAAUCUGAGAGUCAGAAAGCUAAACUUGCUCAGCAUGUGAAGCCAGAAGACCAUGAACAGAUGAGGAGUGGGUUUGAGCAAAAAAGUGAGGAACUUGGGAAGACUGUUUCUGAACUAUUACAGAAGAAUCAGACUCUGCAGAAGGAACUUGAAAGAUUGCAGGUUGAUAACAAGAUGCUUAAGCAGCAAGCCCAAGUGCUAAAAACUGAAAUUAAAAACCAGAAUGUGCCUUUAAAAAUUCACGAAGAGUUAAAGAAAACAAAUGAUCUGACUGUUAGUAACCUGACCAGAAAGCUUUUUGAAAUAACAAAGAAGUACAAUGAAAGCAAAGCAGAAGCUGAAAAGUUGCUGGUGGAGAAAGACAGCUUAAGUGAGAGUAUCAGCCACUUCCAAGCUGUGUACCUGACUCCAGAACAGCACAAAAAAGAAGUGGAAGCUUUAAAAUCUAAUGGCAUUGAACUUGAAAAGCAGCUUAUUGAGCUUCAGAAAAAGUAUGAUGAUGAACAAGCAGAAGUGUGCAAACUAGUUUCUGAAAAUGCAGCCAUAAGAGAGACUCUCAGGGAUCAGUAUGUGUUGGCUACAACCCAUGAGGAGGUUAAAACAGUCUUGAAUAACACACUGGAAAAGACGACCAGGGAACUGUCAGAGCUGAAGGAAAAAACUGAAGCCAUAAAGCAAGAAUUCAUGAGGGUAAACGAAGAAAAUGGAACUUUGAAAAAUAAGGUUAAAGUCUUACAGGAUCAGUUACAAACUGAGUGUAUAAGCUUAAAAGAUCAUGAAACUACAGUGACUGCUUUAAAGAAAAGCAUGCAAGGACUCCAGGAGAGCAAUGUUGGGGUUAUGGAGGAAUACAAGAGGGGUCAAGAAGAAAUUGUACAGUUGCAUGCAGAAAUAGAAGCCCAAAAGAAGGAACUCGACACGAUUCAGGAAUGCAUCAAGUCAAAAUAUGCCCCAGUUGCCUCCUUUGCAGACAGAGAACAAAGCUUUGAAGCCACAGUGAAAGGACUGAAGGCACAGUUGCAGGAACAGAUGCAGAAGUGCAGAGCGAGUGAGGAGGAAAACAAGAAGUGCAAACAGGAGAAUGAAAAGCUCAGGAGUGGAGUCUUGUCCAUCCAGAAUGACUUGCAGCAGAACUAUGUCCUUGCUGAGAAGUCCCGUGAGGUGGAAAAAAUGUUCACAAGCAAAAUGGAGGAGCUGAAUAAGCAGUUGAGAGAAUUGCUGCAGAAAUACAUGGGUGCAAAAGGAGAGAAGGAAGAGCUGCAGGAGAGCACGGAGCAGCCCCAGGCUGUGCAGGCUCAGCAUCUCUCAGGAGAGCAGAUGGAAGCCCUGAAGAAGGCUCUUGGUCACACCGUGGAGGACCUGAAGGAAGCCCUCAGGAGUAAGAAGGAAUGCUAUGAUAAAGAAACACUAAAAGUAGGAGAACUACAGCAGGAACUGUCAGACCUAAAAAAGUCUUCGGUACCUUUGGUGGAAUACAGACAAAUGAAGGAAAUGCUGGAAGGAGAAAUUGCAGCAACCAAAACCAGCUUGAAAGAAAAGGAAGAAGAAAACCGGGUUAAAAGUGAGGAGAUCUCGAAGCUGCAGUCUGAGGUCCAGCUUGCCCAACAAGCUGUGACUGACCUGGAGAGCAAAGAAGUGGUUGACGUGUCAGAAUACAUAUCCAUGAAGACUACUCUGGAGGCUCAGAUUAGCUGCAUAGCUGAGAACUUGUCGGAGAUGCACAGGAAGUACGAGGCAGCCUGCGAGGAGGCCGUGCAGGCCAAGAGGAGUGAGCUUUCCUUAAAGGAUGAAAAGGAGCUGCUUCAGUUACGGAGCUGCAGUAUUGAGCAAGAAAUUAAAGACCAGAAAGAAAGGUGUGAUAAAUCCUUGACAACAAUUAUUGAUUUGCAGAAGAGAAUACAGGAAUCUGCAGAGCAGGUGGAAGCCAAGGAUAACAAGAUAACGGAGCUGCUGAAUGAUGUGGAGCGGUUAAAACAAGCUCUUAAUGGCUUGUCUCAGCUCACCUACACCUCUGGGGUCCCCUCCAAGAGGCAGAGCCAGCAGGUUGAAAUGCUCCAGAACCAAGUGAAAACCCUGCAGCAGCAGCUGGCUGAUGCUAAGAGGCAGCAUCAAGAGGUGGUUUCAGUUUAUCGGACACAUCUUCUCAGUGCUGUACAGGGUCACAUGGAUGAAGAUGUCCAAGCUGCUUUGCUGCAGAUCAUUCGGAUGAGACAGGGGCUUGUUUGCUGACCUGCUUAGUGCCAUUGCUCUUGAAGGCUGCUGCACCCUGUAGGAGAGCUGUGGUUACACUAGUGAGACCUGCAUGAGAUGUAUACAGUGCUGGUGAUACAGCUGCUGUUAGAACCUCCAAAUAGGAAAUGACUUAGAAAGCUGAAAUAUUUUUUUCUUGUAAAACAGUAAGAUAGGGUUGCUAAGUUUCAGAUCUGGUACUUUUUUCAUUAGCUGAAUAAAAGAUGUAGAACGUCUUUUGAAAUGGUAACAAGCUGACUGUCAAAAUGAUGACAUAGUAGUGAGAUUAUUUUAAUGUCUGAUUGACCACUUAUUAAAGCAAGGAAACUCCAGUUUGUCCUAGAACUUGAACUCUCAUGGUAUGGCUAAAAAUAAACUGUGUUCAAAUGAGCUUGGCUAAGUAUUGUAGCUGUAUUAUCUCCUUUAGUGAUUAAGAGAAAGUGGCUGUUUAGUCACAUAAGCUGAUCAGGACACCACAGUGUGCUCAGGAAGUUGGCUGCAGAGGCAGAUGAACUGUUUGGGUGUGUGUUGUAACUUGGCUGGCCAGGUUACAGACUUUAUUUAAAUAAAGCUUAAAAUGUAGUGCCUUUGCUUUUGGCAAGACUUGUACAAUUCAGGUUUUCCAGCAAAACACUAACCCUUGUGCUUGCCCCCCCCUUCUCUCUUCCCCCAGGUUUUUCAGGAGUAGUUUGCAAUAUUGAUCACUGGAGGCUAAAACAGGGGCUGGAGUGUCAUGGUUUGCAGAGCAGCAUUUUGAUCUCAGUGCACUAGUCCUGCUUCUGUCUAAUUUCAUUCUUCAUUAGGCCCAAUAUGAGUGCAGGCUGAGGAGCUCAUUAAGCUGCAUACGAGAUAAUUCAGGGAUUGGAUUUUCAAACACUAUCUCCUGGAAACUUCGGGUAUUUUCUUAACUGUAAAUUAUGGGCUGUGAUCUUAUUUAUGGGGAAGAUGCAAAUAGUGAGGGUCAAUGAACUGAGAAUUUUUAUUUACUUGGAAUCUACCUAUUAAAAAAGACAGGGCUUAAUUUUUAACUGAAGGAUGAUGUUCCCAUAAGCAAGUUUUAUGAAGUGAACCAUGAAACUCGGCACUGUUCAAAGGAAGCAGCUGAACAGGGAGCCAGGUGCACGUGGCUGUUCCAGCAGAGCAAGCAGGGGAAGUGCUGCCAGCACCUUGUUCACUUCAGCCCACUUGGUUGGGAGCACUUGCUUGUGACAAGCAGGAAUCUGGCAUCCUGGUGCAGAACCACCUCCCUCUUCCAUCUUCCUGAAAAAGAAGGGCUUGAGGCAGAGUGCAGAGUUCUGUGCUUCCUGUUAGCUGAGCUUGCAGCCUGGGGGCUCUUUUUGUUAGGACUAUUAUGUUUGUUUCCUUCUUUUCCCUUUUUGGGCAGAGUCUUGUUGUAGAAUUGAGCUGCCACGUAGAGGAGGAUAUGAACAGUGAUGAUUAUGCAGAGCAGUUUUUAUUAUAUAAAUACACCUAAUAUAUUUACUAAAUAUGUCUGUAGUUCAACAGAUCUACUGCUGCUUUCCUUUAAUUUCUUAGAGGACUAUUACAGAAAACAUCUCAGUAUAUAUUACUUUUUAGCCAAAUUCUUUUAUGAUUGCAUUACUUGAAACUCUUAGAGAGAAACUGUUUUGAUAUACUAACUCUGGCAUAUUUUGAUAUUGUAUGUUUCCUAACUGGGGGAGCUCUAUGUAUGUUUUUCUAAAUUUCUCCCAUAUUAUAUUAGCAAUAAAAAUGUUUUCUUCUUUUUA